AUGUGUGCUGACUGUGAGACAGGAAUGACUCUAAACCUCCAAAUGUACUGUGGUAAGUGUGGUGGUAAGGAGGACAAUCAGGGCUUUAGAGUGGUCAGGGACAUGGUGCUACCCAUGUUAUGCCGUGGUAACAAGUUUACCGUUGUGUGUGACAACUUCUUCUGUACGUUAAGGUUGUCACACUACCUUGCUUCAUGUGGGUGCCAACUUUUGGGAACCAUGAGGAUUAAUAGGAAAGAACUUCCUGACGAAGCCAAAAUAAUCAAAGGGAGAACUCCCGAUACCACCAUCUUUUUCUCGAAAGGAAAGUGUAAGCUCAUCUCUUACUUCAACGAGAAAAAGAAGCUGGUAUUGGUCUUGUCAACCUGCCACGAAAAGAAUGAAAUUGAAGUCGUCGAGCAGGAUGUGUUCAUUGGCAAAGAAAAAAUGACAAUACACAAACCCCAGCCCAUCCUUGAUUACAACCACAAAAUGGGUGGAGUUGACACUGUGGAUCAGAUGACCAGGUAUUAUACAUGUAGACGUCGAACAAACGGGUGGAACAUCAGGGCUUUAUAUGAUUGA